AUGUUGUUCGCUCUGUUGAGGAAGAGCAUGUCGAGUGUCAGAAAGUCCGCUUCACUUGGAUUUAUAGCGGCGACAGUCGAUCAGGGCAAGCAGUAUGUCGUCUAUGAAUCGCUGGACAAAAGGGUGUUUCUACGACAUUUCGAAAUCAUGCGCUUGAAAUUUAACUCCUUCGUUUUCAUCAUGGGCUUCAAAGCCGGAAACAAGGAACUCGAAGAUGAGACUCGUUCUGGUCGACCGACUGCAACAUCGUUCGACGAACUGAAGAAUCUGGCGGAGCAACAUCCGUAUGAAGGUGUGCGGUAUUUUGCUGCCAGUCUUGGCUGUUCGCUGUCUACCGUGAGCAAUAGACUGCGAUCUCUCGGAAUGGUGAAAAAGCUCGGUCGGUGGCUCCCAAAUGCAUUGAGCGACGGCAACCGCCAAAGACGCCUAGACUUCUACACUCAGCUGCUCUCCAGAAGCUUCAGAUUCGACUGUUUCGAACUGCUGCCGGACAACGCGACAGUUACUGCCGAGGUCUACUGCGCUCAAUUGCAAAGACUGGCCGACAAGAUCCCUAAGGAGCACUCGAAGUUCGACAACGUUCGCGUGCUGCGCGAUAACGCCCGCUAUCACAUCGCUAAGAAGGCUUACCAGGAAAUUCUGGAGCUCGGAUGGAAGUUCUACCGCACCCACCGCACAGCAUCACCUGGAAGAGAAGCGCUACGAUGA